AUGAACCAAAUAGUGAAGAAAAAAAUUGGAUAAGACCUCGGCAAACAGGUGAAUCUGGAGCUUCCAUUCAGGACGCAAAGACUAGAAGCUAUAUGGAGUAUCGAAUCAUACAGUAACAAGGAAGAUGCAAAUCAAGUACUGCUAGAACUUGCUAUACUGGACUACAACAUCGUUCAAUCAGUCUACCAAAGAGAUCUUCGCGAGACAUCAAGGUGGUGGAGACGUGUUGGUCUUGCAACAAAGUUGCAUUUUGCUAGAGAUAGGUUAAUUGAAAGCUUUGACUGGGCUGUUGGUGUUGCGUUCGAACCUCAAUGCAGUGAUUGCCGUAAAUCAGUAGCAAAAAUGUUCUCUUUUGUAACCAUCAUCGAUGAUAUCUAUGAUGUUUAUGGUACUCUGGAUGAGCUGGAGCUAUUUACAGAUGCUGUUGAGAGAAGGGAUGUUCAUUCAAUCAAUGAUCUUCCAGAUUAUAUGAAGCUGUGCUUCCUAGCUCUAUGUAACACCAUCAACGAGAUAGCUUAUGAAAAUCUCAAGGAAAAGGAGGUAAACAUUCUGCCAUACUUAACAAAAGCUUGGGCUGAUGCAUUCCUUCAAGAAGCAAAAUGGUUGUACGAUACCACACCAACAUUCGAUGACUCCUUUGGAAAUGCUUGGAAAUCGUCUUCAGGGCCUCUUCAACUAGUUUUUGCCUCUUUUGCAGUAAGUAAGAACAUAAAAAAAGAGGAGAUUGAGAACUUACAAAAGAUAUAUCAUGAUAUCAUCAGUUGGCCUUCCUACAUCUUUCGUCUUUGCAGGGAUUUGGCUUCAGCAAAAACUAGAUUACUAUGUGCGGAUAUUCAGAGAGGAGAAACUGCAAAUUCUGUAUCAUGCUACAUGCACAGAACUGGCCUUUCGGAGGAACUUGCUCUUGAACAUGUAAGGAAUUUGAUUGAUGAAAACAGGAAGAAGCUAAACAAAGAAAGACUUGAUGACUCUUUGUUAGCAAAACCAUUUAUUGAAACAGCUUUUAAUCUUGCUCGGCAAGCCCGUUGUGCUUAUCAAAAUGGAGAUGGGUACAGUGGUCGAGAAUACACUAUCAGAUUUAACAAUGAUAAUUUCUGUCAAUAUGUAUAUUAUUCGUAG